AGGUUCGCAGAGGUUCAAGGUCAGCCUAUCAACGGAGCAGACACACAGCACCGUCCCCUAAAAUGAAGCAACCAGGAAGUGUUCCAGCAAUUUAAUCGUCGCUCCUGGCGAUGUCUGUUAUGAAACUACUGGUCACCGCCCUAGGAAAAGCCACCGGGAUCUUGACUGUCUUAAUCGUUGUCAUUGCAGUGGUUCUGAAUUAUUUCAACGACCCAGUUCCGGUUAAAUACGCCAGCAUGGCUGAGGACAUGAAGACGCUGGAGGAAAACUUCAGGCAACAAAAUAAAAGCUGCUUCAUCCUCGGUGCCUCUGGGGAAACGGGCAAGGUGCUGCUUAAAGAGCUGCUGGAGCGCAACAUCUUCUCCAAGAUCACUCUCUUCGGAAGGAGGCAGCUCACCUUUGAGGACAAAGCAUAUGAAAACCUGGUUCAAGAGGUGGUGGACUUUGAGAAGCUUGAUGAUUAUGCUGCUGCGUUCCAAGGCCAUGAUGUUGGCUACUGUUGUCUGGGAACAACUAAAGCGAAAGCAGGGACUGAUGGAUUUAUCCGCGUUGAUCAUGACUAUGUUCUAAAAUCAGCUGAGCUUGCCAAAGCAGGAGGCUGCACACAGUUCCACCUGGAGUCCUCCAGAGGAGCUGAUAAAAACAGCAGUUUUCUCUACCUCAAAGUCAAGGGACAAGUGGAGGCAGAGAUCGAGGCACUGGGUUUUGACAGAUACGCCAUUUACAGACCGGGGGUUUUACUGGUAGAUCGAGUGGAGAGCCGGCCUGCUGAGUUUAUGGCCAGGAAAUUCUUCAGUGCCCUUUCCUCUGUGUGUUCUACGUCCAUGUCCAUCCCAAUCCAGGCGGUGGCAAAAGCGAUGGUGUCAAACACUCUGAUACAGCCUGAGAAGAAGACGGAGAUCCUGGAGAACAAUGCCAUCGCCACUCUGGGGAAGAGUGCAGGGAAAUAAAGGAGAGUAGGAAAUACACUGAGGUCAUUUCAGCAGCUGUACGGAGACGACAACAUAAGCAAAAUAUUUUAUCAUGGAAUUAUAUUGUUUUUUGUUUUUUUUUUUGUCUUGAAUAAAAUUUAAUAUUUUCAUCAGGGAACAACUGCCAGGCUUUAUCAUGUGUGCCAUUUGUGCUCUGAUACAACACGCUGACCAACUGCCUUAAAGUAAAUGCUGACGUUCAUCCUGCAUCAGAUUAAAAAUUCAGAAUGUCUUUUACAUGUUUUCAUUAAGUUAUUAUCAAUAUUUAACUGUGUUUGAUUUAGAAAAUUGUUCUGAUCAUGACUAUCAAUAUUAUUAAUAUCUGAUGUCUGUAUCUGAGCUAUACUGCAUCUGUGCACCAUUUGGUAUAUUGCAUGCAUAUACACAAUAUCUAUGCUACAUCACAGGUCAUUUAUGAAUUCAUGCAGACAACAUGCAGAUUUUUGUUUUGGUUGCUCUCAUUGCUCAAAGUGAAGCACUUCAAACUGCCUUUGUGUUUGAGAGAUGAUUCAAAUAAAGUUGCCUUCUCUCUCUGUC